AUGUGGUGUAUUGAGUUGUUAUCUCAUAAUCGUUUAAUAGACAAAGAAGUAGCUUUUUGUGUUAAACAAAUAAUUCUUGACAUUAACUACAAUUUAUAUUUAUUUAGUAGAAAUCAUGCAACUUAUGAUUUUGACCAUUUACUCAGAGAUGCUAAUUUAUUUAUGUAUUUAAAACUUCAUUCUCUAAUUAUUGGCAGUGUAAUUGCUGGUUUUAGUAACGAGAUUUAUACACAAAAAUUUAUAAAAGGUGCAGAAAGCAAAAGUUAG